AUGUGUAAUAAAAUUGUGAUUAAGAUCUUUUUAACAGUUUUAAUAUUUGUAUUUUCACAUAAGAAUUUUGGAGCUUGUAUCCUCGAAUUUGAAGAUUUUUCAUUCAAAUGUCCGAAAGGUUUUAGAACGUUCGAAGAUGAAGACAUAUGUGCGACCUAUCCAAGCACUCCUUGUCCUGAUCUAUUACUUCUCUCGAAAGAUUAUAAAAUUAUUCCAAAAAGUAAUACUAUUAAUGAUGAUGAACCGUAUCUAGACUUUUUUGAUAAUAAUUGUAAAUAUUCUAUAGAAGAUAUAACUGAAACAAACAAACAAAAUAUUACGGUGAAAUUAGAAUUGGUUUUUAAAAACUUAAAGAAACCGUAUAAGUUGUGGUUAUAUGCUUCAUUUGAUAAACCCGUUAAAAAUAUCGAGAAAAAAAUUGAUUGCUGGUCAAAACGUUCUGGCGCAACAAUUCUAGUUAAUUUGACUGAAAUUGCUAUUAAUGAAAAAAGAAGACGAAAAUUUGUUAUUAAAUUAGAUGGUGAUUUAAAAUAUUAUUUUUGCCGUUUUAUAGACGCCGGAGAAAUUAAACCAGCUUUUAGUAAUAAAGUUAUCGCAAGUAUGAAUGCGACAAACAUUUUUCGAAUAUUAAUAGACGAAGAUUAUUCUGCAUGUGCCUCAACGGUUAUCGACAACAACAAUUUGUAUUAUAAUCCCACCGUUUAUUUCACAUCAAUAGAUAAUGUAGAUAUGAGAAAAGGAGAAGAUAUAGCUCGUAGAAGAUAUACAAGUAAAAGUUGUAAAUAUCACCAAGUAAAUAGCACAACAUUUUGUCCCGACGACCGUAAUUUAUUAUAUUAUUUCCCCCAAACUAUGAUUGGAUCAACAACAAUCUCUUCACCAGUUUGUUUCGAUGAAAACGCAAUUCCUUUUAAUAGGCGAUGUAUAGGAGAUGGUUUAUCAAUUCCUUAUUGGGAGGAAACCUUUCCUUGCAAUCACGGUGUUAAAUCGCAGAUUACUCACUUUUUAGAAAACGUAAAUUUAACUGGAAUAACAGAAUAUGAUUUAACAAAUAUAACUCGAUCUUUAAGCGACGUUUCCAAAAUUAAAAGUGUCGACUUAAGUUUGAUUUCAAAUAUUUUACAGAAAACUUCAAUAUCAAAUUUUAAAGAAAUUUUUGAAAUUGCUGAUAAAAUUUUUAAAACUGAUGUUAAAGCAUUUAAUGUAUCAACAAGUUCUAAAAAUAAAUUUUUAGAAAGCGUUGAAUUAUUCGUUGAGAAUUUGGGGAAAAAUACAAAGAAUAUAACGGUUAUUUAUCCAAGUAUCGCAUUUUUUAUUCAACAACCGUUUUUAGAAGCUGAGGAAUUCGAAGCGCCUUUGAAUAACGUUGCAAUAAAAUUACCAAGUACAUUUCUAAAUUCAUUAAAUUUAUCUGCUUCCGAAAAAAACGAUUUUGCUCUUUCAGUAAUUUCGUAUAAAAAUAGCGAUUUUUUUCCUGCACAUCAAAAUAAAAGUAUUACCGACGUUGUUGAUGUUGUUAUUAACAUACCCAUUGAGACAUUUAAAGAACCUUUAAGUAUAUUUAUAAAACCACAAAUUAAAUCAACUAAUGUUAGUUGUGUUUUUUGGAAUAUUCAUAAAGAAAGUUGGGAUGACUUUGGAAUUGAAACAUCUUCACCACUCGAUGAUGGCAGCGUCGAAUGUAAAACUAAUCACCUAACAAGAUUUAGUUUAUUAAUCGUCUCCCACGAUAUCAUUGAUGAGCACAAAAUUCCUUUUUUCUUUAUGGCUUUUUGGACUUUAGAAUCGAUCGUUUCUUUCGUAGGAGUUUGUACGAUUUUAAUCAUGGCUUGUAUUAUGCCGAAAGUAUGGCGAGUAAAAAGAAGAAAAACAAUUCAUUUAUCGAUAUCAAUUGCGUUGGAAAUUUUAGUUUUAUGGAUUGCUGAAUUCUUUCCAGGAUUAACCCAAGGAGUUCCUUGCAUUAUUUUAGGAGUUACCAUUCAUUACAUUGUACUCGUUAAAAAUAUCCUGAUGUAUUUAAUCGCUAAAGUUGAAUAUGACAAAUUUAUGUCGGCUUUAGAAAAUUCAACGAAACGAAAUCCGUGCUUUUCUUACUCCGAUAUAUUUACAGUUUGGAUAAUACCCGCUGGAGUUAUUGCAAUCGCUAUUGUUUCAUCAAAGGAAUUAUACGAAGUUGAAGCAAACAUGUGUACUCCAAAAGGUGCUUUAUUCAUAUACUUUGAAUUAGCACCUGUUACAAUUUUAAUGUUAAUUAAUAUGUCCAUUUACGUUAUCAUUGUUAUUAAAUUAGCGUUUAUUGAAUCGAAGAACGAUUUACACAGUAAAAGACAACUUCUUCAAGCGAUUUUAUUAUGGUUUAUGUUUGGAAUUUGUUGGAUAUUCGGAGUUCUUUGUAACAUGUUAAAAUCUGGUGAUUUUCGUACCGUUUUUUAUUACAUCCACGGAUUUAUUGCUCCGUUACAAGGAAUUGUAAUAUAUAUCUUUAGCGUAUUAUUAGUUACAAAACGUAAUAAAUGUAUCUAAUAAAAAAAAAUAAAGCCAAUUU